AUGAUUGUUUUCUUCAUCGCCGUGGAUGCAAGAUACUAUUCGUUCUUAAGAGAGUACUAUUUUAAAUACCAAGAGUAUUAUGUUGCAGCAGCCAGUUAUAACAACAUCUACUAUUUCCUGUACAUCCGAUGCACUGGAAUCGUGUUUCUUUCUAUUCAACGUUAUUUAAUUAUCACUGCCCCAACAUCACUCAUCACUCAUAAAGUUCAAAACGCUUCGAAACUGCAAAUAAUAACAGUUUAUUGGGUAGUUCCGACACUGAUUAGUAUUGUGGUUUUGAAGGAUUAUAAAUUUACGUAUUCAGAGAAUAUGGACAUAAUGGCAGAUCAGGAAGUUAUAAAGAGAAACACAUUGAUGGCUCUGAUUGUAGUUAGUCUGACAUGCAUUCUAUGUUCUUCACUUUAUGGAUCACUUUUCUAUUAUAUUCGAAGACACACUGCCGGCUUUUCGAGAUCUCUCCGCCGAGAAGUUCAUUUGGCAAUCCAGGUUUUUGUUCUGCUCCUAGCAUUUUUUGCGAUUCUUGUUUAUUAUGGGUUUCAAAACUAUUUCUCACAAACUCAAAAUACGGGACCAAUAUUCUACAUGCGAGCUUUAUACCCGAUGGCAAAUGGAUUACUCUCCUACAUUAAUCCGUUUUGCAUCUUAUUUUUGAACAAGGAUCUAGCCUAUCAAGUUAUGAAGUCGGUGACUUGCAGAAGACUUAAUACAAGCGAAGUACACAUCUCCGUAGUGGCGUCAAACUCGAAUAAGCAUCAAGGGAAGGUGAUACAUGUUGGAUCGACUAGAACGGAUGAAUCGACAGUCGUGAAUCAUAAUAAUUUUGUUGUCAACACAUUUUUGCUUCUUGAGGCUCUUGCUCUCCAAAUAGAGAAAUCUUCGAUCUCUAUGUGUAACCCAGAACUUGUAUAA